AUGGAUCAUCGAACAUUCGUGUCGGAUUCUCUCCUCCGCCUUACAAACGCGUCGGACCCUACCGUCGUCGACUUCGUGCUUGCCACCGCCAGUUCCGCCAAGUCAGCCUCCGCUUUGCAAGACAAGCUGCUCCCUUUUCUGGACGGUAGCUCCGACGACAUUGGUUCGUUUUGCGGCGAACUUUACAGACGGGUUGGGGUAAGAGCCGGGUCCAGCGCUACUAGUGCCAAUGUAGCAACCAAAGAGCGCAGUGAUGCUGCUUCAUCAAAGAAGAAAUACCGACUGCUGGAGAUGGAGGAGGAUGACGUACCCGAGGCUCGAGGGUCACUAGGCCCUGCGAAUGUUGAGGCCGAACGGGACAGACGGCGACGCAGAGAUAAAGAUCGGAGCACUGGAAGAAGCGGCAAGGACAGCGAGAGCGGUCGCAGCCGCUGGGAGAAGGAUGAUAGUCGCAAACGCGAUCGUAGUCGGGAAGAGGAAUCUCGCGACCGGCCCCGCACAAAGAAGGUACGGCGACGGAAUGCCGAUGACUUUGAUGAUCGCUGGGGAGAUGAGGAGAUACCUGAAGAUGAGCUAUACGAGGAUGAGGAGCAGACGGGUGAUUUUGAGGAGUCGCCUUCCAAACGGACUCGGUUGGAGGAUGGGUCGGCGUCGCCGCGGUCGAAUGCCUCCGAGGAAUUGGACCCAGAGACGAAGAAGGAACAAGACCGGAAACGCGACCUGGAGGAACGAGAUGAGUUUGCGAAACGCCUUGCUAAGAAGGAUGAUGGCAAGACGAAGAAGAUCGUCGAGGAUCGGACAAGGUCUGGUGAGGCUGCGCGGCGACGAGCAUUGGCAGAUGAUGCGUCUGCGCGGGCGGCUGUCAUGCCUGACUUAAGGAUGCGCUCGCGACAGGAGUAUUUGAAAAAACGUGAGACGGAGCGCUUGGCCCUCUUGCGCAGACAGGUCGCCGAGGAGACGGCAGAGUUGCGUGAUAAUCCCCAUUUGACCCGCAAGGAGAAGGAGGAGUUCGCGCGUAACCGAGAAGUUCUGCGGAUUGCGGAGGAGCGGUUGCGGAUUGAUGACUAUCGCGAUGGUUAUAUGAUGCCCGAGGACUAUAUCACAGAGAAGGGCAAAAUCGAUCGGAAGAAGAAGGAAGACGCGCUCUACAAGCGUUAUGUGGAUCGCGAUGACGCUGGUCAGGAGCGGUUCAUUACGGAGCACGAAGAAUGGGAGAUGGAGCAGACAGCCAAGGCUAAGGCACAGAUCAACCGGGCCGAAUUCGUUGACGAGGGCGACUAUGAGUACGUGUUUGACGAUUCGCAGAAGAUCAACUUCGUUGUGGAUGCCAAGAUGGAAGGCACUCGAAAGCCUAUGACGCAGGAGCAGCGCAGGCUUCAAGAGCAGAUUGAUGCGGCCGAGAAGAAGGCACAGUCGAUGGAGGACACGCGGAAGAGCCUGCCCAUCUACCAAUUCCGAGAUCAGAUCAUCCAGGCAGUGCACGACCAUCAAGUCUUGAUUAUCGUGGGAGAGACUGGUUCGGGUAAGACGACGCAGAUUCCGCAGUACCUUCAUGAGGCUGGAUUCACCAAGGGCGGCAUGAAGGUCGGAUGUACACAACCGCGUCGGGUUGCUGCCAUGAGUGUGGCUUCUCGAGUGGCGGAAGAGAUGGGGGUGAAGCUGGGGAACGAGGUUGGCUAUGCCAUUCGAUUCGAGGACAACACCAGCGACAAGACCGUGCUCAAGUACAUGACGGAUGGUAUGUUGCUGCGUGAGCUUUUGACGGAGCCCGAUCUCGGCCAGUACUCUGCAUUGAUGAUUGAUGAGGCGCACGAGCGAACGGUGCCCACGGAUAUUGCCUGUGGUCUCUUGAAGGAUAUUGCGAAGGCACGGCCAGAUCUCAAACUGCUGAUCUCCUCCGCCACGAUGGAUGCACAGAAGUUCCAGCAGUAUUUCGACGACGCUCCGAUCUUCAACAUCCCCGGUCGUCGGUACCCCGUUGAUAUCCACUACACAUCUCAGCCGGAAGCGAAUUACCUGGCUGCGGCCAUCACGACGGUCUUCCAAAUUCAUGUCACUCAGGGUCCUGGAGAUAUACUGGUUUUCUUGACAGGUCAAGAAGAGAUUGAGGCGGCGGAACAGAGUCUCCAGGAAACAUCGCGAAAAUUAGGGAAUAAAAUACCCGAAAUGAUCAUAUGUCCAAUCUACGCAAACCUUCCGUCUGAGCUACAGACUAAGAUCUUCGAGCCGACGCCGCCAAAGGCACGGAAGGUCGUGCUGGCAACGAACAUUGCUGAAACCAGUUUGACUAUCGAUGGCAUUGUCUACGUGAUUGACCCAGGCUUUGUCAAGGAGAACGUCUUCAACCCGCGGACGGGUAUGGAAAGUUUAGUUGUGACUCCCUGCUCGCGAGCUUCCGCUAACCAAAGAGCCGGUCGUGCUGGACGUGUCGGUCCUGGCAAGUGUUUCCGACUCUAUACUAAGUGGGCUUACUACAAUGAGUUGGAGGAAAGCACAACGCCCGAGAUCCAACGGACCAACCUGAGCAGUGUCAUUUUGAUGCUGAAGUCCCUGGGAAUUGACCAGCUGUUGGACUUCGACUUCAUGGACCCUCCUCCGGCAGAGACAAUCAUUCGUGCCCUGGAGCAGCUAUAUGCGUUGGGGGCGCUGAACGAUCGAGGCGAGCUGACCAAGAUCGGGCGACAGAUGGCCGAAUUCCCAACGGAUCCCAUGCUGGCCAAGGCGAUUCUAGCAGCCGACAAGUACGGCUGCGUGGAAGAAGUGCUGUCCAUCGUGUCGAUGUUGGGCGAGGCGAGUGCGCUCUUCUUCCGACCCAAGGACAAGAAGAUCCACGCGGACAGCGCGCGGAAUCGCUUCACCAUCAAAGAUGGCGGCGAUCAUCUCACGUUGCUCAAUAUCUGGAAUCAAUGGGUUGACUCCGACUUCAGCUAUGUCUGGGCCAAGGAGAACUUCCUCCAGCAACGGAGUCUGACACGGGCGCGCGAUGUCCGCGACCAGCUCGCGAAGCUAUGCGAUCGAGUCGAGGUUUCUGUGAGCACUUGCGGCUCUAACAAUCUGCAGCCGAUCCAGAAGGCCAUUACGGCCGGAUUCUUCCCCAACGCGGCGCGACUGCAGCGUGGUGGCGACAGCUAUCGCACAGUGAAGAAUGGACAGACGGUGUACCUCCACCCAUCCAGCACGCUGUUUGAAGUCAACCCACGGUGGGUGAUCUACUUCGAGCUGGUGCUGACCAGCAAGGAGUACAUGCGUAGCAACAUGCCAUUGCAGGCGGAGUGGCUGGUCGAGGUGGCGCCACACUAUUACAAGAAGAAGGAUCUGGAAACGCUGGGAUUGGAGAAGAAGAUGGCGAAGGGGCAAGGCGCGGCGGGCGAAAAGAGUCGGAAUUGA